CGCUCCCCUCCUCUCCUCGAUUCUAAUUAAGCUGUUCCUACCCCUUUUGAUUUUCCCAUUGCCUCUCUCUAUUCGACACUCUCUCUUACCCUCUCCACUCCCGAUCUCUCUCAUCUACCCUUUUGAUUUUAUCGUUCAUCCCUCCCAAAUCCUAUUUCCCUCUUCUUCAAUCUUCAUUGUUAAAACCCUCUCAACAAUCAACUUCCCCAAUUUCACUCUCUCUCCUAUAAACCCUAGUUUCUCGCUUCCAAUUCGAACUUUGCUUCUCUCACAAACCCUAGAAAUUCUCAACUGGCAUCAAAGGAGGUUUUUAAUAAUUUUCUGAACUUGCACCAAGAUGACGACGACGACAUGGAAGAUGCCGAAAAGACCGAAAAAUGAAGACGAAGUUACAGAAUAUGAGCCACAAAGAAGAGUAGAAGAAUUGCAAGGUGCGAACAAAGAUGAAAUUGAUGAAGUUGGUGUGCCAACUACUACAUCUAAUUGGACUCAAUUGAACCCUAAUUCGACUCCGAAAUGGAGCAAUUUGAGAUUGCUAGCUCAGAGUUUCGUGCCGUCCGAUUCAGAUGCGGCGAGACAGAGGAGAGAUAACCUACGUGUUCUGGUUUGAUUGAAGGUCGAUGGCGAUUGAUGUUUACAACAAGGCCAGGAACUACUUCUCCGAUUCAGUAUUUAUGUGAGAUAUUGGUAAAUAAUAAAGGUAUUGAGAAGCUGCAAUUGAACAGUACUGGCUUGGGAGAUGAGGUCAGUUUAUGUCUCUACUGCCAAAAUGGGAGAAGGCUGCACUUGCAAAGGAAAACCUCAUAUGUGAAACAAGAUGAGCAAGCUCUUAGAAUUUGUACAGGCAGUUCUGGGUUGGAUGAAUGUGAUACACUGAAUGGAAGGCCAGCUUCUCCCGGAACAAUGGCAUUGUUGUGCUAUGAACAGGAAGCUGUACUGAUGGAAGAGGGUUCAAGAGAACUUAUUGUUGAUAGCCAAAACAAAGCUCCCGAGACUUCUUGCAAGCAGCAGAUCACAGAAAGUUUUAUUGAACAAGAAAGGGUGGUUUUGACCCGAUUCCGAGAUUUUCUCAAGCGACUGAUAACUUGUGGUAGCAUUAAAGGUAAGUAUUGUCUUUUUAAUUGCAAAACUGUUUAUGACAAACAUCUUCCAAAUCUAACAUAAUUUGAAUUCUUGCGAAAUGGCUGCCACACUAGCACUCCAGUUUGUAGACAUUGGUGGAAACUGGAAUGAGAUACUCCUAUCAUUUUGCUUGCCAUAUGCUAAAUGUAAUUUCUUAUUAGCUAGUUUAUAAAAACCUGUUAAUCCCAUUCCUGUUUUUUGGUUUGCAAAAACAAUGUGUUCAUCCUUAACAAGAAAUGAAGCAAGAAGUCAAGGACAACCCUUAAAGACCGAGGUUUUCAUAGAUGGGCACCUGAGCAAUGGCAUGGUAAAGCCACUUAUUCCGGUUGCUAACCAUACACUAUCAGCAAGACCAGGUGGAGUUGCUUUCGGUUCCAGUAAUGCUUUCUCCCAGCACAUUGGGCUUCCUAUCGGAAAUGGCAGGUUAAAACCCAAAAGUGAGAAAGCUGUUUAGUACUCGAUUGAAAUUGCAACACAAUAGUCCAGAGUUUCCAUGAUGUUUUUGAGUUCGAUGGCUGAGCUACUGCCUAAUGGUCGUUAGUUAAGAGUGCUCUUUGUUACUAACUGUUGAUUAUUGGUAAUAAAAUAUUUUGGUCCUUUCAAUACGAGUGGUGACUUUUUACAAAUUUUCUUGUGCAAUAUUUAUGUGAGAUAUUGGUAAAAAAUAAAGGUAUUGAGAAGCUGCAAUUGAACAGUACUGGCUAAGGAGAUGAGGUCAGUUUAUGUCUCUACUGCCAAAAGUACUAGCUUGGGAGAAGGUAUUGAGAAUCUUACUCAUUAAUAUAUAACGUGAAACCGUUUUGAGCAGGUCUGCAUCAGUUUCACAAAUGACGUUUCACAAAUGAGAAACUGCAGCAGCAUUUCAAGCAGGUGGAAUUGGCAAGACAGAUUGAGAAAACAGGUGUUUCUGCUCUUGCUGUCCAUGGAAGAAGAGUUCCAGGUAGACCAAGGAAUCUUGCAAAGUGGAAUGAGAUUGUUGAUGUACUUGCUGCUUUAUUAAUUAUAGUGGUACCAGAUCGAUGGAGAUGUUUUCACUCAUGAAGAUAUUCAACGCAUCAAAAUUGCUACAGGUUCCAUAAAACUUCUUUUGUAUAAGACUACUUAUAUCAACAUUUUGUAGGCUAGAUUAUAUUGAAGCACAUUAAAAUUGUUACGUGUAGAUCAUACAAUUGUGUACUUCAGAACUAGCAGUAGUAACAGCGCGAGAUGUUGUGUUAA